AUGAGACGCCUGCUGGCGCUUGCGCCGAGGCGACCGCACGUACUGCGACCGCUGAGACCGAAAUCCACGGCGCCGAACGCGCUGUCGGCCCUCGCGGAGGACGAGCUCCUCCUGCCGGCGCCGACCAUCGCCCUGCGGAGCGGCAACGACGACGCCGUGUCGUCGACGGCGCUCGUCGCCGCGGAGCGCGAGCGCGAGGCCCUGGAGCGCCACGCGCUCUACGAGCGGCAGCUCGAGCUCGAGGAGGAGACGCUGGAAGCCGCGUGCGCGGACUACGAGGCGAUGAUCGAAGACUUGUUGAGUUUGGGCAAGGGCGCGGAGCUCAAGCCCGUGCAGCGCCUCAUGGCCCAGUGGUACGAGCCCCUCGUGACGCGCAUCACGGCCGAGCGCAAGGCGACGCUCGAUGGCGACAAGGGCGGCGACCUCCGCAUCUACGGCCCGCUCCUCCUGCUGCUGCCGCCCGAACAGCUCGCGGUGCUCACGAUGCACACGACCAUCGGCCUCUGCCUCAAGCACGGGCCCCUGGGCGCCAAGUACAGCAACCUCGUGACGACGCUCGGCGAGACCGUGCAGGCCGAGGCGCGCGUGCUCAAGCUCCGGAACCUGCGGCGCGAGCGGCUCAAGGCCGCGGAGGACGCCGAGGGCAAGCGCGCGGUGCCCAAGACCUUUCUGGACGCGCGGGCUUUGGCGCGGCUCCCGACGCACGUCGUCAACUCGCGCGCGAAGCGCGCGCUGGAGGAGGGCGACGACACGGACUGGCCGACGAUCACGCGCGCCAAGCUCGGGAGCGCGUUGGUCAUGGCGCUGCUCGACGUCGCCAAGGACGACGCGGGGUCGCCGCUCCUGGAGCACACCAUCGUCUACUCGAACGCGCGGAAGAUCGGCAUCAUCCGCGCCAAGGACGAGCUCCUGUCGCACGCGCGCUGCCCGGAGACGAUCCGCCGCGCCGCGAUGCCGCGGUUCCUGCCCAUGCUCGUCGAGCCGCGGCGCUGGCGGGCCUACGACGAGGGCGGCUUCCUGCGGCUGCGGGCCGUCGCCAUGCGCACGCACGGCUGCGCGCUCCAGAUGGAGGCGUUCCGGAACGCGCGGGGCAUCGAGGGCGGCGUGCUCGCGGGGCUCGACGCGAUGGGCAAGGUGCCCUGGGCCGUCAACGGCCCCGUCUUCGAUCUCGUCAAGGCGGCCUGGGCGUCGGGCGGCAAGUGGCCGGACCUGCCGAGCCAGGAGGACCUCGCGCUGCCCGAGCCCAUGGACCUGGCCGAGGCCCUGGCGAGGGCCGACGGCGACGAGGACGGCGGCAAGAAGCUCUACGACGCGCACCUGCGCCGCAGCGCGCGCCUGAAGCGGCGCAACGCCGAGCUCCACUCGCUGCGCUGCGACACGCUGCUCAAGCUCAGCAUCGCGGAGCAGUUCAAGGACGAGGCCGCGUUCUACUUUCCCUACAACGUCGACUUCCGCGGCCGCGCGUACCCCGUGCCGCCGAACCUGAACCACCUCGGCAGCGACGUCUGCCGCGCCAUGCUCACCUUCGCCGAGGCGAAGCGCCUCGGCGACGACGGCCUCUUCUGGCUGCGCAUCCACCUCGCGAACCUGUUCGGCCUCUCGAAGAAGUCGCUCGACGACCGCGCGGCGUUCGCGGUGGCGCACGAGGCGGACAUCCGCGACGCCUACGAGCGGCCCAUGGACGGGAACAUGUGGUGGCUCGAGGCCGACGAGCCCUGGCAGGCGUUGGCCGCGUGCCGGGAACUCGCGCGCGCCGCGGAGCUCGACGACCCGCGCGACUACGAGUGCGCGCUGCCGGUCCACGCGGACGGCUCCUGCAACGGCUUGCAGCACUACGCGGCCCUCGGGCGGGACCACGAAGGCGGGCGGCAGGUGAAUUUGCUGCCGGGCGAGGCGCCGCGGGACGUCUACGAGGGCGUGCGGGCCCUGGUGGCGGAGAAGGUCGCGCGCGCCGCGACGGGCGACGAGGCUUUAGAAACCGUGCGCCUCGCCCAGAUCGUCGACGGCCUGAUCACGCGCAAGGUCGUCAAGCAGACGGUCAUGACGUCGGUCUACGGCGUGACGUUCGUCGGCGCGCGGCAGCAAAUUCUGGGCCGCCUCACGGACGCGGGCGACGUCGACGAGGCCGAGCUCUACCUCUGCGCGUGCUACGUCGCGCGUCUGACCUUGGAGGUCCUCGAGGAGCUCUUCACGUCCGCGCGCCACAUCAUGGGCUGGCUCGCCCAGUGCGCGCGGCUCGUGUCGCUGCACGGCCAGCCCGUGUCCUGGAUCACGCCCCUGGGGCUGCCCGUGGUCCAGCCCUACCGGCGGGACGGCCAGCACGCGGUGAAGACCUUGGCGCAAACCGUGCUCCUCGUCGACAACAGCGACAAGCUGCCCGUGUCCGUGACGCGCCAGAAGUCGGCGUUCCCGCCGAACUUCGUCCACUCGCUGGACAGCUCCCACAUGCUCAUGACGGCCGUGGAGAUGGACCACCGGGGCCUCGCGUUCACGGCGGUCCACGACAGCUACUGGACGCACGCGGCGGACGUCGCGACGAUGAACUCGACGCUGCGCCACUGCUUCCUGGAAUUGUACGAGGCGCCGCUGCUCGAGAAGCUCCUCGAGUCCUUCGAGCUGCGGUACCCGGACACGGACUUCCCGCCGCUGCCGCCGCGCGGCGACCUCGACAUCGCCAAGGUCCUCGACGCGGACUACUUCUUCUCCUGA